CCUGUCCUGUUUCAGGAUUUUGGAUUGUGGAAUGCGAGGGAGCAUAUAUGGAACAGAAGAGGGAGGGAGAGAGGCUACUACAAAGCAUUUGUAGUCCCCUUAAAUGCUGGAGCAAAAUGAAGGGCAAACCAGCAGUACCACAUCUUCCUUCUACUUCCAUUAUACAUCUGCUUGUAGAUUUUCAGUGGAAGCUGGGUAUGGCCGUGAGCUCAGACAGUUGCAGAUCUCUUAAGUAUCCUUAUGUCGCAGUGUUGCUGAAAGUGGCAGAUCAUUCAGGCCAAGUAAAGAGCAAGUCCUUUGAAAUGACAAUUCCACAAUUUCAGCUCUCACAUCCUUGCUGCUGGAAAUGAAGCUUUCUAAGAACAAAAUAUAAGAUGGAUCCCUGAAUCACUUUUGGAAGCAGACACCUGGCAUGCAAUGACAGCCUAACUUGCAUCGGACAGUGGUAUGAACUAGAAGCAAACUUUUAUUGUGGUGAACUGGUGAGAUAUUUGGAGUAUUUGUCAUAAUACAACUGAGCCUAAGUUUGAAUAACACAAGAUACAUGAAUGAAGAUUUUUAUUGUAGCAUUUCCAGUAGCAAAAAUGCAAAAUAAAGGAAAGAGUGAAUACCCACACUUGGCCUAUCUAUGCUCUAGCACAUCAUACACCUACUACGAUUUGCCUUUGAGAUAUUAUCAUUAUGUAUUUUUAUGUCUCAUAAAAUGAUGUAAAAAUGCAUUCAUAUGUAUUUGAAUACUUAAUGGAAAAUUACAUGUGUAUGGAUGGAAGCCUACCAGCUUCUAAGCUACUAGUGGGGAGUGUGUCUGGAGAGGGGGAGGAAGAGCAGGUUAAAAAAUUUCUUUUGUUGGGGCGCCUGGAUGGCUCAGUCAUUAAGCAUCUGCCUUCGGCUCAGGGCCUGAUCCCAGGGUCCUGGGAUCGAGCCCCC